CUUACCUUUCUGCCUCAGCAAUGGCAGAAGCUGUUAUAAGACACUGGGUGGAAACUCCCGUACGCUAUCAAGAGCAGUUUGCUGUCCAAGAGCUGGAAGCACGCAAACUGGACCACUCUUUAUAUGCUUUGCCGGGGCCUUCUACAGCUGCACUGAGAAACAGAAGGCGUAUCACAGAAAGUACAGCUGGGACGGGGAAGAGCGACCAGGAGGAGGAAAACACAAGCUUUCAGGUCUUGCUGGACGUUGUGCAGUUCCGCCCUGAAGAUAUCAUUAUUCAGACUUUCGAAGGCUGGCUCCUGAUCAAAGCUCAGCACGGACCCAGGAUGGACGAACACGGUUUCGUGUCCAGAAGCUUUACCAGACAGUACAAAUUACCCAAUGGAGUGGAGAACAAAGACUUGUCUGCACUUUUCUGCCACGAUGGCAUUUUGGUUGUUGAAAUGAAGAACUCACUGGGAAAGAAUUAGACCCUUGUCCAUAGUUUAUUGGUGAGAUAAAAUUAUUCUUAAUAUAACAAAAUAAUAUAAUUCAAGCAAUGCUGUAGAGUGUAGUAAGCAUGAGGCUGUAUUUAUAUCACAGUAAAGGAAAAUCUUUGUAUAUAUUUUUCAGAAUGCCAAGUUU